UCAAAUUGUGAAUCCAGAAUUUACAAACUGAUAACAUUUCUGAGAGAGGGAUUGAUGGUUUCUUUGUGCGAUGCACAUAAACAACCAUAAAUCAGCAAAGAGGAGAAAACUUAGUCAAGGAAAAUCUACAAAAACGCAGGACUUUUUUGUGUACAAACAAAUGUAGCAUUGAGGCUUCUUCCUAAGAUGAUAUCACAGUUUCGCUUACGAAUAUCGAAAUACUUAUUAGCAUAAAACAUAAACACCAAAAAGGCAUUAAAAUACCCUUCCAAACAGUGAAAACAAAGUUUAAAAUAAGGUUUACUGGGGCACAAAGGUGCAUUUUACAGGUUUGUAGUCAUGUCAUUGCAGCCACCCUUCAACAUUGGAGUGAAAUCAUCGUCCGAGGGCGCCCUAUAUUGUUUGGGGAAGCAAUAAUUCAAAAAACAAAACAUGCUUUUCAAUAAUUUCUAUAACCUUUCAAAACCACAUUUUAAAAAUAAUGUUAUAAUUUCCCUAAAUGGAUUAAAACCUCGAACUAACAAAUACAGUUUCAUUUCUGGCUCGGAACAUACGUCCUACCGAACUGCUGUGAGGCUUACAGCUCCAUGGGCUUAUACUCGUGAUUGUGCUCAACUUUGCAAUAGACAUCGAUCCCUUCAUUAUACUGGUUACGAGUCGAAAUCAGAAAUAUGCAGUAGGCACAUUUUGGCAGCGUUCGAUUUUGUGUUCGAAAAGGAUCAACUUUUAGAGUUGAGAACAUCAAAUUAUCAACUGAGUGACAGAUGCCGAAAACUGGAACAUGAAUUAACAAAUCUUCAGUUGACUGCCUCCAAUUAUGAAAAGGAACUACAGAAAGCAAACAAGACUAUCAGUAAAAGCAAGAAAGCCAAGGAUGUGGAGGCUCUGCUUUCAGAGCUGGACAGCCUCCAGCAGAAACUGCACAGCCAGGAGGAGGAUUUCAGGCUGCAGAACUCCACCUUGAUGGAGGAACUCUCCAAGCUGUGCACCAGCAACGAGGAACUUGAGAAAGAAGUCAGUCGGUUAAAAACCAGUCAGAGUUCGGUGGAGACCACAACAAAUGCCGACAGCGACCACCAGGGAGAGUUGAGAAGGUUACAGGCGUUGAACACAGUCCUACAGAAAAACCUAAACAGUACUCAAGAAAGAUAUGAAGCGGAGAUAGCUACAUUGAAACAGACAAUCAGCAACCUCAGCGAGAGCUCCGCAGCCCUGGGUGAGAGGAUGCCCCCGGCUGGAGCACCAGGUGAUGAUGUCACAAAUACAGAAUCACCCGAAACAACCCCGAAGACUCCUGGAAAGGGUACUGAGGAACAAUCAGCACUUGAAGGAGGGUUGAAUGGCUUGCUUGCUGAUGAGUUUGAAGCCUUUUUGGAAGACGUGAAGUUAUCUGAUGUAACUAGUGAAUUUGAUGAUGAUGUAGAACCCAAAGAUCCAGUCACAGUACUGCAGGGUCACGCCAAGCAACUCAAGCAUCGACUGAGCGGUGCAUUGGUGCGUAACAUGGAGAGCCUGGUCAAGCUCAUGUCCAAAGAUGAAACAGAACCGAGAAGCACCGACAGUUCAGAUUCUGCAACCCAGGGUACUGUUGGUGCCGACAAAAUGUCAAAAGAAUUGAACGACCUUCAGCUGAUCAUAGACACGGAGAGGGAAGAAAAGAGACUACUUAAGGAGCAACUCCAACGAGCUGAGGAAUCUCACAAAGCUGAGGUUGCCACCUUGAGUCAAGAAGUUGCAAAGCUUACCGAAAAAACAAAGAAGAAACAGGAAAGUCUACUUCAGCUACAGAAUGAAAAAGAGCAACUUUACAGUGACGGCAAGAAGCAGAUUAAUAACCUGCAGACAGCCAAAGAGAAGGAAGCUGAGGACUUGAAGAAGGAGAAACUGCAGGUUCUGGAGGAAUUGACAAGAGCCAAGCAGGCCAUGGCAGAGCUGAAGGAAAGCACUCAACAGAGAAUACAGGAGCUGGAGGCAUCGGUCAGGUCACUCAACGUUCAGGCAGCCAAUAGUGAGCAGGUAGCCAUCUUCCGGGAUUCUUUAGAAAGUUUGGGGAAUGAGCUAGCCCAGGCCAAACAGGUACAGAGUGUCACGGCAGAGGAGUGCAACAGAUACAAGGACCUGUACGCGACCGCCCACAGGCAGCUGGAGGACUUGAAGCAGUCCCACAGCAAGCUGUUGGCCGAAAAGGAUGAAUGCCAGAGUCAGCUUGCAGACUGCCUCAACACCAACUCCCGACUCAACACCACCUUGCGGGAAGUACAGAACGACAGGGACAACCUGCACAGGGACCUCCAGGAAGCCCGAAAGAGUGCAGAGAAACGGAAGACGAUGCUGGACGACCUUGCCAUCCAGACGCAGACUAUUAAACAGCAGCACGAGAACGAAAUGGCGCGAGCGACCGAAGCACACGUGAAUGAGCGUGACAUCUUGAGGCAGCAGCUGCAGGAGCAGACGAAACUGCGUAAGGAGCUUGAACCGUUGAGGGACCAACUGGUUGCGAGCGAGGAGAAGGUGCAAUCGUUAGAGAACACCAAAGGGUGGUUUGAAAGAAGGCUAGCCGAGGUGGAGGAAGAACUCCAGAAAACCAAAGAGUCUCAUCGAGAGGAGGUACACGAGCUGAGGGACCAACACAGUACUGCGAUACAGGAGAUGAAAGAAGAAGAGACCAAGAAGUCAGCAGAGUUGAGUCAGUCCCAGGAGCAGAUUGAGAAAUUACAGAAGGAUAUUGACCUACUCAAACAAGAUGCCAAAGACAGCGUGGAGGAGCGGAAACUGGGCGAAAAGAAAGGAUACACAAUGGUGAAGGACUUGAAAAGGCAGCUGAGACAGGAGCGGAAGCGCGGCGACAAGCUGCAGGAGAGGCUGCAGGAGCUACUGACCUCUGGCAGCCAGGGACGGGCCGGCAUCGAGGAGCUCUUCCAAGACAUCAGCGACGAGGACAGGCAGAAACACGACAGCAGUAGCGUGUCGUCAUGGAGCACGAGCGGUCAGAUAGUGAAGGACACUGCAGAAAAUGCACCUUCACCGAACGGUUCCAUGAUGUCGGCAGCCCUGAGCGAGGAGACGACAGAGCUGAUCAGUCGAAUGACGGAACUGCAGACAGCCAACUGGGCCCUGGAAGAAAAGGUUCGGCAUUUGGAAGAGAGCAAUGCCUGUAUGGCGGACGAUUUGCUGAAGAAGACAGCCAUCAUUGAAACCCAUGUCAUGGAGAGAAAGGUCAUAGGUCCGACCAGACCUCAGGCACAGCCGGAGACCUCCAGGAAGGCUGGGCUGAAGAAAGUGAUGGACUUUGUCAAGGGAGAGGACGGCAGCCAGGCCAGCAACAACCAGAGGGAGAUGAACCAGAAGUUGCAGGUCAUGCUGGAGGAGACGCUGACCAAGAACAUGCACCUGCAGCAGGACAUCCAGAUGCUGUCGGAGGAGGUGGUGAGACUCAGCAAGCUGGCACCCCUGGCAUCCUCAACCAGUCCGCUCCACCCCAGCCACCAGACGUGGACGGCGGGCGACAUCACUUCGGCGGACGGGGGCUCCCCACCCUCCUCCCCUUCCGCCUUCGCGGGGGACCAGGCCGGCGCGCAGUGAAAAUGGCGAGAGACUGCACAUAGUUUUUAUAGGUUUAUUUAUUACCUCCAGAGUUUGUUGAUUUCUGCUGCUGUGUGUUGCCCUCACAGCUGUGGGCACAAGCAGUAAAGUGCCACUCAAACAAAUCCAGUCAAUCGAUUUUGCAAAAUCCCCGUUGUUGCUUACAUUUUGCUGUUGCAUCUCUCACUAUGCUCACGGUCUCUUCCAUCGCAUACAAUUGUUUUCAUGUCAGCGGUUCCUUCUGUACUUAAUUACAAAAAAAGACUCAUGAUUACCAGGGCCUAGUUCCAAGUGAUUGACUCGACUAGUCCAAGCAACCACCCAAUAUUUGGGUGAUAUUGGUUGAACUGCAGUAAAUGACGGUCACGUGAACUUGUUUUAAAGUGCUAUUCACCCUGAGUCAGAGAUAAAUCAUGGGACCUAUUUUAAAGUAUUCUUUAUAUAUCAGUACAUGGAUUUUUGCGUACACAGAAUGAUAAUCAAAGUCGUUUAGUAUAGUUUGCCCAUUUGGCUUGCUGAUUUGGUGCAGGAAAGUCCAAUAUCAAAUCAGCGGUGGAGUUAUAUUUGUGUCUCAGCGGUACUUGCAGCCUCACACUGCAUUGUCUGUAGGAGGUGAGGAAGGGUGGAUUUCUCCCCGUGGCUUGCACAACUUGCCAAGACUGUGUUCUUCUUUGUAUUAAGGGUAGUGACCUUAGACAACAAAUCGGCGCUGUGCAGUCCUUCAUACAUUGCUGAGUUAGGCAACCACUGGACGAUUUUUGCCUGGUGCCCACUGCCUGGGUUUAUUUUGUGCGUAGGUUACCGGAGGGAAGUCAACCAGUGGUCAAGAAAUUUCCCUAAUUGAAAUGGCCCCAGCGAUGUUCUCUAUUGUCACGGUCUUCAUGUAGGAGCACUAAAGGGAACUUUUUGUUACCAAGCAAUGGUCACCCUUAGGAAUCACACACAUGUGCAUCCAAGUGUGAUUUGCCUGCAACUGGGGACCCCCUAUUCUUCUUCUCUUGUUUGUACUUUAACUUUUUUAGAAGACCACCCAUAUGU